AUGGGUGAAAAAGUCAAGUUGUUUGGCUCCUAUGCAAGCCCCUUCAGCAGCAGAGUAGAGCUUGCACUAAAGCUGAAGGGUGUUCCUUUUGAGAACAUUGAGGAAGACCUUGCCAACAAGAGUGCCCUUCUGGUACAGUACAACCCUGUGCAUAAGAAAAUUCCAGUGCUCCUUCAUGGCGGCCGGCCGGUCAUUGAAUCACUGAUCAUUCUUGAAUAUAUUGAUGAAACUUGGGAUGGAAACCAUGCCAUCUUGCCUAAAGAUCCUUUUGAAAGAGCCUUGGCGCGCUUUUGGGUCAAGUUUAUUGAUGACAAGGUGCUCGGAGCACUGUGGAUGUCAUGCUGGAGUGAAGGGGAGAAGCAAAAGAACUUCAUGGAACAAUCAAAGGAAUAUUUGGAGUUGCUAGAGAAUGAGCUGAAGGGAAAAAAGUUCUUUGGAGGGGACACCAUAGGAAUAGUGGACAUUGCUGCUACUUUCAUAGCUUUAUGGGCCAUUAUGGUCUCAAGAAGUUGCAGUAUAAGCUUGAUCAAUGAGGAAAAACAUCCAAUCUUGUGCAAUUGGAUUGAAGAGUUCCUAAGCUCUGAAGUUGUGAAGAAAUCCCUUCCUGAAAAAGAGAAGUUAUUUGCCUAUUUUCAUGCUAAAAAGGAAGUAAUUUUUGCCACAAAGGCUCCUGCUUACUGA